GGUGGAGGUGUCAACCCGAAGGAGGUCACUGAUACUUCACACUGGUCACAAGUAGAGACCUCUUAUCUACCUGGACGAACUGAGCCCUAAUAUGCGGACAAAACGUAGCUGAUUUCCUGCGAUUGAGAAACAUAGAGAGUUCUAUAAUGGAAGCCAGUUGUCUCACCAAGACCCACACUUCAGAGGAAUCUUUUCCCGAGUAUGUGGGCUUCAUAUGUGCUGGUGUCGCCGUGGUUUUGUUUGGUAGUAACUUUGUUCCUGUCAAGAAGUUUGAAACUGGAGAUGGGAUGUUCUUCCAAUGGGUGUUAUGCAGCGCUAUCUGGUGUGUGGGUCUCAUCGUGAAUGCCAUGAGAGGGUUCCCGCCAUUUUAUCCACUUUCCAUGUUUGGAGGAUUCCUUUGGGCAACAGGCAAUAUUACUGUUGUUCCUAUUCUGAAGACAAUUGGUCUAGGAUUGGGCAUCUUGAUUUGGGGAACUUUUAAUUUAUUAUCAGGCUGGGCAAGUGGAAGGUUUGGAUGGUUUGGUAUUCAUCCUGAGCCGCCCACUGAUGUACUUUUCAAUGACCUUGGAGUGACCUUGGCUGCAUUGAGUGCCUUAUUCUGGAUCAUCGUGAAAAGUGAAGUGACCGAAACCUCUCACCAAGAUGUUGAUUCACCAAAUGAGCGUGAGAAUGACCCCCUUUUACCUCCCAAAUAUACUCCUGCCAAUAUAAACUAUGGAAGUGCACGGGAAUUUAAUGAAAUUGAGAUUCUGGAUAGAAAUCAAAAUGAAACAUUUAUUGAUAGAAUGACGCCCAUCCAGAAGAAAAUAAUGGGUACAUCAAUGGCAGUGGUAGCAGGGGUAUUUUAUGGGUUGUCUUUCACUCCGGAUAUUUUCAUACAGGACCAUGCCAACACAACUACUAACCACACUGCUUUUUACCCUGGAGCUAGCGAGAAUGGUUUGGACUAUGUGUUUGGUCAAUUCAGUGGAAUCUAUGCCACAAGCACCUUGUAUUUUAUCAUUUACUGUAUUGUAAUGAAGAACAAACCGCGAGUGUACCCCCGCGCCAUUCUGCCAGCUCUGGCCUCCGGGACGAUGUGGGGGGUGGCAUGCUCAUGUUGGUUUGUGGCCAAUAAGUCGCUGUCAGAACCCGUCAGCUUUCCUAUUAUUACAACUGGUCCUGGUCUGAUAGCAGCAUUAUGGGGGAUAGUAGUGUUCAGAGAAGUGAAGAUGAUGAGCCGCUAUCAGAUAGAGAUCGGAGGAACUCAAAUCAAUUUUCCCAGAAAUUUCAUCAUUGUGUCUCUAGCCUUUGCUGUUACGAUAGCAGGAGCAAUAUUGUCAGCUUUCUCUAAAGCUUAGGACAUUUACGUAAUAUUUUCACUCGCAGAAGUUUGAUGUGCAAUGUCACUGUCAUGAAAACUGAGGGUGUGGGUUGUUUUGAAUUAUUAGAAGUAUCUUUAUCAUUGCUAUCAGAACAAAGAGGUGUGUAGUAACUGAACAUGUUACCUCGACACUGUUGCUUUCACAAUAGAUGUUAUUUGCUUUAAAACUGAGUGAGAGUGUUUAUUCUUGAGUUUUUUUUUUUUUUAAGAAAUUCAGGAGAGGUUCCCAAUUCAUGACCAUUGACCAUAUGACAAAGAUACCACUAUUGCCAUAUUACUCUAGAAAUAAUUUAAUUACUUUAAACGUUUCAUGUAGCACUGCAUUACUUGAAAAUUUAUCUGUGUAUUAUUCACAAACAGACCAUCUGACCUGAACUUAUUUACUUUUAGGAUCAUAGAAAUCCCUUUUCCCCAGUAUCUCUUACAAACUAUUGUUUUAAGAACAUACAAUAAAGAAGCUCACAUAUAGUGAGAAGGGGACAGCUUUGGUCAUAUGGUAGCAUACUUUAUAAAGCUAGUCAUUCCAUGGUUGAAUUCAAAUACUCUCUUGUAGGGGAGCAGGUUUUUUCUAUGGUAAUAUUUUAUUUAGCACAUUUUUAUUAUAAAAAAACUUUUACAGGCUCAAAAUGUUAUCCAUGAUAGGAUCCAUUCCUCUACAUACAUUGUAAGGUUAUAUUAGUUGAAUGAUAAUGUAUUUCUGUGGUCACAAUUUUUAAAACUUUCAGACCUCUUUUUACACCGUCACUCUGUUUUUGGAGGUAAAGAAAUCUAUAGUGGCUUACAGAUAAAGAAUGUAUUUGAAAUGAAUUAAAGGGUCAUACAAUUCUUUAUUCAGAAGAUUGCAUUGUGAUAAAGCACCUGUGUAACUGUUAUUUUUACUGUGGAGUGGGGGGAUUUUCAUAAGAAUUGUUUUAACAAUUUUUAAUAAUAACAAUGUUUAAAAAGUACAACAAAUCUAUGAAUUUAUUUUUUAAACAAGGGAAUAUAAAGAGAAAAAAAAACAAUAUUUGUUAUAAGGGAAAUGUUAAUUGAGCCAUUUAUAGUUAUCUAUGAUCAUCUGUGAUAAAGGUCAUUUUGUCUUUUUAAGAGUGCAGCAGUUGCUAUUGUACUAUUUCAGAUAUAAAUGUGUUGUUGGCAGAAUGUAUAAAAUAUUUUAUCAUCAAAUUUCCAGAAAAAUCAUAUCAUUUAAAACUUUGCUUGUUUGUAUAAGAGUAUGAUUAUUUACCUGUUCAGGAUUGACAUUGAGUACUAUCUGUGAAAUAUUAAAAUAUUUUAUAACAGUAAAAUAAAACUAAAACAUAA